AAUAUAGACUUUGUUGUUAUGUCAGACAGUAGUUGGCUCAACCAGUGUUCAACACCAUGCAUCACUUAUGGCUUACGCGGUAUAAUUUACUUCUAUGUGGAAGUUAUGGGGAUCUAUUCUGUCCUGCACUCAGGCUACCAUGGUGGUGCAGUUUGUGAGCCAAUGCACGAUCUGAUAGCUCUGCUAGCCUCAUUGGUAGACACCUCUGGAUUUCCUGUUGUGCCUGGAAUAUUUGAGGAUGUUCAAUGUGAUGAUGAAGAGGAACUAAAGUGA